UUAGAUAGUGCAAAAGACAUGUUGAGAGAUGCAAUUAUUCAAAACCUUGACAUCAAAAUCAUGUUUUCUUCUUCAAAUAUAUUACAUAUUGCAGAUUUAGAAUGUUCAAUUGGACCAAACACUUUCAUUGCAAUGCAACUUGUUGUACAAGUUCUUAAGGAAAAAUACCACAAUAACAACAUUCUUGAAUUCCAAAUAUUUUUCAAUGAUCAUGUCACUAAUGUUUUCAACACCCUCUUUCAAUCACUACCCAUCGAUCGAUCCUACUAUGCAUACGGAGUUCCAGGACCAUUCCAUGAUAGAUUAUUUCCAUCGCGAUCGAUACAUUGUGCACAUUGUUCUACUGCAACAUAUUUUAAGAAUAAGUGUCCAGAAGAGUUGUUAGAUGAGAAAUCCCCAGCAUGGAAUAAAGGAUUGAUUCAAUAUGAAGUGUUGAAUGCAUAUGUUGCUCAAUUUGAAAAAGACAUGGAAAUGUUCUUAGAUGCAAGAGCUGAGGAGAUUGUUGAAGGUGGAAUGAUGGUGCUAAUUUCACCACAAUCAAUUGAACGUCUAGUGAGAUUUUUUGGUUCUAGUCUUAUAGAUUUGGUGAAUGAGGGAAAAUUAGAUGAAUCUCUAGUUGACUCAUUUAAUGUGCCAGCAUAUUCUCCCUCUCCUCAAGACAUGACUAAAGCGGUGGAGAAAAAUGAUUGUUUUAGCAUCGAGAGAAUAGAGUUAACGUAUCCCAAAUCAAAGCGUGUGGAUGAGGCUAAUGCAAAGGCUUUACUAAUAAGUUUAAGGGUUGCUUUAGAAGGAGUUUUCAUUAAUCAUUUUGGAAGUGAAAUAACAGAAGAAGCUUUUAAAGGACUAUUCUCAAAAGCGAUGAAAUUUCAACAUGGAUGA